AUGCCGCUUCCGUCCGCGCAGACGUCGAUUACCGUAAGUUUUCACUAAACAUUUUGGAAAUUGUAGCACGUUUGCAUGCAUAAUCCUAAAGAGCAACGUGUCCCUUAUUGUUGCGUCUGAUUUUUUAUUGUAUCGACCGCUUUAACUGCUACCUCUUUCGAAAGCCACCGUCGCACACACUGUUGGCCAAAAAUUGCAUCCCCUACUAGACUGCGACUUGCCUUGCUUUUGGUUAAUAUACUUUAAAAUAGACAAAAAACCGGAAGGGUGAUCGAAUCUAUAUUUCAUAUCCUAUUAACCCACACCUCGGGCCCGUGCAUAGUUAUAACUAUGUGCGUAUAUGCACACUGAUAAUAAGAUGUGGGAUUUGUUUUUGUCAUGUUUCAUCCACGACCCACACAGCAACAGUAUAUCGAUUUCUAUUCCUUUUGGCGAUGCGUUGCGUAAUGUGCUACGUCAGGAACUGAUCUACUCUUCCACGCCUAUGCUGUCGCACGAAUGUAACCGGCGGUAACCAUGUUCAUUCGUCAUCGGUAUACCCGCCAAGACAUUUACAUGAUCAUUCCCAUGUAAUAACUUUUGUGAUAGAAGUGUGCCCUAGGGGUGACAAUUGCUGAUUUUCUAGUAAUUUUCUUUAAAGAACACGGCGAUCGGAUCGUUGUACCGUGUCCUAAGUACGCGUACCAAACGGUCGUACACAUGUCUGCGCCUCCGCCCUCUCAGCAAAUGCCUGUUCAUUAGCCAAGUUGCUGACCAUAAUAAACUGGGACGCUGCACUGCACAACGUAGAUUGAUCAGGCACCCCGUGCACCCAUUCAGUUGCCCGUGUCUUUCUUAAACGGACUAGUCUCAUUCGAUGGGAACGAAAACAACGCAUAGGCGAUAACAGCUAAAGGAGCGAAAUAUUAUGAACUAUGAACCAGCGCAACAUAAUUACCUGAGCUUAAUUGACAAUAGUUGUAAGGUCUACCUACCGAUCGUCCAAACGUUUUAGUCAGAAAUUUAGACACGGACAAUCGUUGGAAUUAAUAAUUUGUUAAAUUUUACAGAUUAUAAUUACUGCUAAUUCCUGAGGCAUAUAGUGUAGUGGUUAGCACACCUGGUCUCACAUCCGAAGGUCCGUGAUCCUAUCAUCGGUGCAGCAAUUAAUAGACCUACUGCGGGUAUAACUCAAGCACACAACUGACUUCCAGACGCUAGAACACCUACAACACAAAUGAUCCGAGUCCUAUCAGCAGCGUCCCAUUCCAGCUGUUUUGCCCUAGCUAAAGUGCUACGCAACAGAAUUCAUCCCUCUUAGCCACAAAAUAGGAAAUUGGAAUCUUAAAGUGCGUAUGAAAAGUUCACUUCUGUAAUUUAUGGACAUUUUCAUAGUUCCGUCCUAAAUUCAACACCUUUCAAACACGGUUAGAGGACACGAAGUCCAGUGCCUGCAGUAAUUACACUUGUCUCGGACGAUUGUCCACUUCAGCAGUUCCACAGUUUUGGGAUUCGAGUGGGAUAAGGUCGGUGAAUGUAGGUAACCACUCCACAAAUCCGCCCUGGCAACUUUAGCAGCCGUCGGUAUGGUGUAGAGGGGAAAAGACUCCUAGAAUGGCCCUCCUGUGCCAAACUGUCAGGUAACUAAAAUUGAGUCGAAGGUCAGCUAACCAUCCACAAUCAUCCAAAGUCCCAGAAAUUAUUUUCUGUGGGUGUUCAGCAAGUUCUCCGACGCCCUUUUUGGGCGGACCCCAAUCCCCAGGGAUCUGCACCUCCGCCCUUUCAUCUCUAAGUACAGUAUAUUGCCAUGACUUCACAGAGAUAAUCAGCAGCGCUCCUGCUUUAACCUUUUAUGUUUUCGAGUCGUACAACCCAUCGGGAUGCAGUGGCAGACCCAGUUGCCAACAGACGUGGCGCACAUUGGGACCCCUGCCAUCCCCUCCCCCCACUUUUGUCGAUGGUUAAUAUCCUGGUCAUUUGCUGUGUGCAUCAGGGGGCGUGGAGUGGAACGCCAAGAUGUAGGUUCGGCCGUGCCAUCCGUCUGCGCCCUCCCCGCCUCCGGUCUUCUUGACUUUGUCUUGACACCGGGCCGAGGUGGGGAAGGAGGAGUGCAGUAGAUGCUGUGCAAGUCUACUCCCACCAUAAACUAACUCACGCACGAGUCACCGUGCGUACUCUCACCUCACUGUGAAGCACACGGUAGACAUCGUCGGGUGCGACGGUCGAACUGUCGAAAUUGGACUCCAGUGAUGGAACAGGCUAUUCCUUCAUUUUGUAGGCGCUCAUGUUUUGGCAGACGCUCCCAUGCCUCAUGAGCGUCUCGGGUGUCGCCAACUGUCUUCUAGCGUCACUCGAAGUUUGAGUUUCACACGGACCGGAGGUAGCCAUCCUGCGCCAUUCGAUGAGACCGAAAGGCCCUCUGCCACCAAAAGGAACCUCUCGAUUCGUUUGCCAGAUAGAGGAAGGUUUCGGGCAGAAUAUCUGGGAGACUACUGUGGACACAGGUUGUCCAACACACAGUCAGAAGGAAGGACUUGUAUUCUCAGGUCGAGGCUCACACGACAAUACUUGACCACACUUUCAAAUUUGCCGUGGCCGAAACUCACCCUAAAGCUGUCCGUCGCGAAAGUUGCAUAUUAAUUGAAUCACGUCUAUCCGGAAUGCAGUCCACCAAUGGUUCCCCUCCUCAUUUUCCACACUGCGAUCACUUGAGUGGAGUAAGUAGUUAUGCAGGGAACGAACAGGUGGACACUCAUCAGCUUCAGUAAUGACGUUCCAUCACUUACCUGCUGCCGUCUCUGAUAUUCGGAAAAUCCGGAAUACCAGGUGAGUAGAUUUCUUACGCCAUCGACCGAGUCUCCUCGUCAAUUGGUCUGUCACAAUUGAUUAUUUUCGGGCCUUCCGCUUUUAAGCAUAUUACUUUCCCUCUCCGGGUCUCUGUUAAGUUAUCGACUGAAAACCCGUUAAGGAAAGGAAGGUUGAUAUUCUAUCCUACGACUACGCGCUGUAUUGAGCCGCCCGGUUCGUGACUUGUCUGGAUCCAGAAUGGGCAUGACUCCCAAGCCGACAACAUGGCCAAGGUUUUCAGUGCAUUCUGCUUUUAGCCAGCGGUCGUGUAGAGUCCACAAAUUUCUUCCAACUUCAUCGAUGUCAUUGUGCGCAUUGCAGAAGCGCGCUCUUCAGACUACUUUCGUGACAAUGGAUUCUGGGAUUCAUCUGACUGACACCAAACUACCACUCCAAAACUCCUGCAAAACAGUUUGAUUUUUAAAUGUACAUAGCCCCGAGGAUUUCUGGAUUGUUUGGGGGGUUGGAACGCAGUUUCGCUGAGUGGUUCCAUGAAACGCCAAUAGAUGUCUUAAGCUGCUUUCCGACGGAAAACCUCGCUCGCAUACGACUGUAAUGGUACUUCACAUUGGGCAUAAUCAGAAGCUUGCUUUCUAUUUAGUGUCACCUCAUCUUUUAGGUUAGCAUAUUUAUUACCGCUCAUACAAAGCCUAUCGGGAAAUAUUGUUAUUUAGGCAGUAUGUACUCCUUUAACAUGAGCAUCAGUUAGCGGUGAAGAGACGCGACCAUUUAUCCCAGGUGGCCAUGCACACACUUGACACUGGGCAUAAAUUCGCAUGGGAGAACACUCGCAUUGUUGGCGCCUGCCAAUCAAGAAAAGGCCGCGAAUUCCUGGAAGCAAUGCACUCAGAUGAGGCAUGCAUCAACCGGCAUAUCGAUUUAGAUGCCACAUACAAAAUCGUUAAGGAGAGAUUCAAACCGAGUCGGCUAAUCCCGAGAUGACAAUAUUAACCAAUCAUUGACUCCUUUUGCUAGACUCAGGCUAAAAGUUAAUUGUUUUUGCACACCCAUUGUCUGAAGACGAGCUGGGGAACCAGUCUCGAAAAUUCACAAUAAAAUUUUGCUGUUUCCCAAAGAACUUCAUCUUUCUAAUUAUAUUUCUUGGGAUGCCUGUUUUUCAAUUUAUACGUAUGAACUUCUUUAACUGUGUAGCUUAUAUUUAAAAAGGAAGAGGUGCACAAAAGUGUAUUUCUUGUGGUCGUUGGGUGAGGAAUUUCAUCCUCCAAAAAAAUCCCAUCAAAAGGAAAGAUCAUGUGAACUUUAAACACCUAAUUGCCGUUCGGGAAGCCACCAAUAAUUAUAAUGAAGGUGAACAUUAAUCAAUCGUCGAAGACAAUGUUGUUAGAAAGACUGUUAAGGCGCCUCCUGCACGCGUCCAGCUAUAUUUUGAAUCCAGUGCACUGAAUUGCGCUAAUUGGGAGUCACGCCGCCAAGCGAAAAUGUUUAUCAGGUGACAGCUCGACCGUUGAUUUCGACGAUGUCCACCGUGUGCUACACAGCAAGGUGUAGCAGGCACGGUGACCUGCGCGCGAAUUAGUUUGUAGUAAUAGUAGGCUUGCGCAGCAUCUACCUCUCUCUUCCCCACUGUGCAUCUGGACCGGGAGUGUGGGACGCAGGUGGCUGGCACGACCGAAUCCGCACCUAGGCGGGCAACCACACCCCCUGGUCCACAGCAUACACUUGACCAGGAUUUUUCACCAGCAACAACACUCCAACAGGGGUCAGAAGGACGAGGAUAAUGACUGGGCAGCCAUGCCCACCACCUGUGUACCUAGCAGAGGUGCAAUCGCAUUUACCAGUAGGGAACCAGGUGUCAGAGAACUGCCAGCGCAUGCCAGGCUGCGAGGGCCAUGGUUUGCUGAUACUGGCGCCGCACACGCUUUCAUACCUUUUGACCUAGAAGGGCGACUCGUGGCCCUGCACUUAGUUUGGACCGUCACCCUUCAGGGGUGGGUAACCAAACAGCCGUCGAACGAGAGGCGCGCUACCCAUAAAGUGCACAUACAAACGCAAACACUCCUCCCAUGCAUGAGUGUCACAGAUUGCUCGAGAUGGGACCGUGAUAGCCUGGCUCUCAGCCCACCGGUCCGCCACUACACACCAGCUAUUUUCAAAACUCUGCGUCACUAGACCGUGUAUAACGACCGAAGACUGAGGAUAGCGCACGCAGGGCAAUAUAAACCACCUGGAAUAGUCCUUGGCUUAGAACGAUCUGAAUAAAGUUAUCAGGCAGCAUGCGGGUACAAAAAUAUAUGUAAUAGGAACAGAAGUGAAUUUACUACACAGAGUAGGGAUUAAUGGUUCAGGAAGGGAUGAGUUGCAUUAGGGAGAUGAUCAGCUAAACAACCAAUGGGAGAGUGCAGCAUUGUAAGGAAAAUCAGGGAGGGGGGAGAAGCGUGGAAAGUGCUGAGGUACAGAGCGAGGAAGACGAGCGUUGCAGCGAAUUUUAUGGGAGGGGAGUCGGCACUUGUGAGGAAAAGGGCACCGGCUGUCUUCAUCGACAUGCGGUUACACCAUCUCCAUUCUGGGUCCGCGCCAAGAGUCUUCACUCAAUUCAUCUAUUACUAACCAGGUCUAUACAGUAAUUUGCAUCAAAGUAGGAUAGCGAACGGUGAAAAACGAUGAAUGAGGUUGAGACUGUGUAGGCAUCUCACUGUAACGCGACAUGGUGGGAUGCAGGGACUCGGAUUGACCGGAGGGCCUGGAUGAAGGUCUUCUGUGAGCAUAGGGUUGAGUUGGCUAACCGUAUGAACACGACCUCCGCCAUCUCAAGUAUCCGUCGAAGCAGACAUCUGGUUUCUCCCUUGUCCUCUGUCACGUGUCAUCCCUUACUCAGGGCAGCUUUAGCAAAAGCCUGUAGUGUUCUCCACUGUUUGUGUCUUGUUAGUCAUGUUUGUGGAUGCACCUGUGUCCUCGUUCUCGUCUUUAUGCCUCUUGCAUCCUUUUUGUUUUCUUUCAGACCGCUGAUUUCCAAGAGAAGUUAUCACGCCUGCCUAAACUGCCAGAAGUGAGGCUGUUUGUGCGGGCGGCCGUGUCUGAGCGCGACCGCAUCGGUGCCUGUCUCAUCUGUCAGCAAUGGCUAAUGGUCUUCCGAACCAUGGUUGAAGCCAACCUUAUCAAGUUGGAGGUGGUUCCCAUCAGCUACGACUACGAACCAGAUGACUACAAGUGUCUGCAUGCCUCCAAACGCCUGCCUGCUGCCUUCCUACCCGACUUCCAGCUGGCCGCCUCCACUACAGACGAACUGGAAACCCUGUUGAGCAAGUUCCAGUACGAUCGCAUGAAGUUGCCGUUUGAAGAGGAGGCUGUUGGCGCGGCCUUGCGCUCCUUCAUUGACGUCUACCUGACUAUGGUCGGUUUUGUGCGUAACAACGCUGAGAGGCCUCUGCUGACGGCCCUGCAACAGCUGGAGGACUACCUGCAGAGUCAUGGCACCCGCUACCUCCUGGGUGAUGAACCCACCUUCGCGGACUGCAUGCUGAUGCCGAAGUUGCAGCACCUGCGUGUCAUACUUCGCGCCUGCAAGCAGUGGGACAUACCACUGGAAUUUGUGAACGUUUGGAAGUAUGUCAAGUCCAUGUACGAGACACCUGUCUUCACGGUCUGCUGCCCCUGCGAUCGGGACAUACUGAUGCACUAUAAGGACAAGAAGGCUCUGAACAUUCCCGAACACUUGCUGAAGCAGGCAGCAGACACUUAUCUGCACGCCUGUCCGACCCAGUUGCCGGCCUAG